ACAGCCUCAUGGCUUGUAUACACUAAUACACGUGUUUGCGUAGGUUAGUUAAUAUUCAAAAAUAUUUGAUAGUGUUAAAAAAUGGGUAAGGCGAAGAAAGUGAAGGUGUCUAAAGGCGAAACCAAAGAUUCGAAAAUUGGUUUGGCCGAGCAAAUAGAAUCUGAGAAAGUAGCGAAACCUAAAAAUAGACAAAAAGUCAGGCAACGGGCUGACGAGGAAGAAGAGUAUGUAGCUCCUAUUUUGACAAAAAGAAUCUUAUCGCAAGCAAGGCGGCAGCAGCUAGAAGUAGAGGAAGAGAUUGGCCUGAGUAAAUCUAAAACUGUAAAGAAACCCACAGUGAAACUUGGCGAUAGUGACGCCGAGGAUCAAUCCAGUGGAGAUGAGGAGCCGGUGGAGAAUGUGCAUUACUACGAGAACAUUGAAAUUGAUGAGGAGGAUGAGCGAGCAUUGCAGAUGUUUAUGUCCAAGAAUCCAGCACCUACAAGAACAUUGGCCGAUAUAAUAAUGGAGAAAUUGACAGAGAAGAAGACAGAGCUAGACACACAAUUUUCAGAUGCAGGAACUAUUCAACUGCAAGAUCUGGAUCCGCGAGUGAAGGCGAUGUAUGAGGGCGUCAGAGACGUGCUGGCAAAGUAUCGUAGCGGCAAGCUGCCUAAGGCAUUCAAGAUCGUGCCCAGCUUGAAAAACUGGGAGCAAAUACUAUACAUCACAGAUCCGCCAAGGUGGUCCGCUGCAGCCAUGUAUCAAGCAACAAGGAUAUUCGCGUCGAACUUGAAGGAAAAGAUGGCUCAGAGAUUCUACAAUUUGAUUUUAUUGCCGCGCAUCAGGGAUGAUUUGGAGGAAUACAAAAGACUGAACUUUCAUCUGUAUCAAGCGCUGAGGAAAGCGCUGUUUAAGCCAGCCGGAUUCAUGAAAGGAAUACUGCUGCCGCUUUUAGAGUCUGGCACGUGCACGCUCAGAGAGGCAGUUAUCAUCGGAUCCGUGAUCGCGAAGAACUCCAUACCGAUUUUGCAUUCCUCGGCGGCUAUACUGAAAAUCGCCGAGAUGGACUACACGGGCGCUAACAGCAUCUUCCUCAGGAUAUUUUUGGAUAAGAAAUAUGCGCUUCCGUACAGAGUAGUGGACGGAGUGGUUUUCCACUUUCUUAGGUUCGAAAGAGACCCGAGGGAAUUGCCAGUGCUGUGGCAUCAGGCUCUCUUGACUUUUGUACAGCGAUAUAAGAGCGACAUCAGUUCAGAACAAAAGGAUGCUCUAUUAGGAUUACUGAGAAAACAAUCGCACCAUUCAAUCACUCUCGAAAUCAGGAGAGAACUGCAACAGGCGAAAUGCAGAGAUAUCGAAGUCACGGAACCUAAACCAGAACCAAUGAAUAUUAAGAUUACAUAAAGAAACAUGUGUACAUCAAAACUAUUUAUAAUUGUUAUAAAAAUUUAUUAUUAAAAAAGGAUUGAGCCUCAAAACUGAAAUAUUUUUUGCAUAAUUCUGGAAACGGGAAUCUUGAUAAAUUGUAUGCAGCAAGAUUGAACUAUACUGAAAAUUGACGAGAUGAAUUAUACGAGCGCUAAUAGCAUUUUUUUCAAGAUAUUUUUGGAUAAGAAAUAUGCGCUUUUUUAUGGAAUAACGAAUGGAUAUUUCAUUUUCUUGG